AGCUUGAGGGUCGGAGGUGACAGUGGAAUGUGAACUCUCUGUGAGCCUGGCGGUGGAUCCAAGAGCUGUGAUGUGAAGUACUUUCUUGAGUUUCCGCGGGACGUCACGUUGCGUCGUCGUACUCGCCGUCGCAACCGUUUCCAUCACGACGACAGUCACGCCGUUCAUCAGUCCCACGAUCACACUCCUGACUGAGGCUCCGCUAGCAUGUCGUUGUCGGCCGGCGUGCUUCGGAUCACCUGCGUGGCGCUGGCUCUCGUCUGCAUGACAGACAAGACGGAAUGUGUGAGCAUCACCGAGAUCGCAGUGCCACCAUUCGUCGAAAACGGUACCAUAGAGCCAGUGAUACUCGACUGUAUCUACACGUACGAUGCUGACGAAGAUCAGCACCUCGUCGUGAAAUGGUUCUUCAACGACGAUCCGAAACCGAUAUAUCAGUGGAUUCCCGAUCUGAACAAGCGAUCGUACUCGAAAUCAAAGAUUUUCGAAGGACGCAUCGAUCGGAACUAUGCCAUUCUGUCGGGCUCGAAGCCAGAGCACACGGAUAAGUACACCAAGUUCCGAGCCCUCAAGAUCAAUCGACCAACCACCGAGAUGACCGGGACGUAUUCAUGCUCGGUCACGUCGCUCCAGGGCCAGGAUACCAGGAGCAAGGACAUGAUUGUCUAUGCAAAACCCCGUCGCUUCUCCUUGUCGUUCAAACGUCCAGCCGACUCGCAGGAAACGCAGUUCAAGUGUCAAGUCGAAGGCAUCUUCCCCCAGCCCCAACUCCACAUGUACCGCGUAGAGCAGACGCGUAUUGCGGGCAACGAGUAUAUGAACGUUGCCAACAUGACGGAGUCCCUCAACUAUUCCGUAGAGCCUGUGGGACAUCAACGGCGAGCUACCAAGGACGGGUACCUCACCGUGCUAACCACAUCGCUGUCGAAUCGACAGUUUCGUCUCAGUUCACAGAGCCCCAAGUCUCGGCGACAUUUGUUCUUCUGCGUGUACACGAUUCCAUCGACCGACAUCAAGCAGACUCGAGUCUUGGAGUUCUAUCCUGAGCGAUUGACAUCGAGCGCAAUCUCGAUAAGCCAGAACAUAUCAGCUCGUUUGACGGUGAUUUUGAUAGGAGUGCUCGUUGUGUUGUAUUGAGAGUUAUUGAGGACCUGACUUCAAGUCUAACACGUGAAGCUGUUGAUCACCUGCGAUAUGCCGCCGACUGACCUCCGGAAAGACCUGAUUGGAACCUGUGUCUCUCCUGUUGUUGUUCGAAGAGCGGAACCAGUCUCAUUUCGUCUAGACUGAUUCGCGCGCCGAUCCGCUUCCGCACGACUCGGGGAAAUAACUCUAGCAGAGUUCGCACUUCGGAAUUCGGAGAUUGGCCGGAAGUGACACCCACUGACGGACGAAGCUUCUCAAAAAAUUUAGUGGAGACUGCAAACUCCUUGUGUGCGACAGGUGGAUCAGGAAUAGGUCGUCCCUCCGAAAUUUGAAUAUCGGACGGCGUCCAAGAAGCGACCGAUUUCGAAGAACGGAGCAAUGUCUCACCGAGAGAAGCUGCGAAAAUUCGACCGGAAGAAGAGACCGAAGCCGGAGGAAUCGUCUGUGAAGAAAGUUUCGAUAAUAAUCCAUCAUAUCAACGGAAGACAGCUCCUGUUCAUGAGAGUCA